UGAGCUGAGCCGAGCCGAGCCGAGCCGGGCAGCCCGGUGCUUGACUAGCAGUUAGAUGCCAGCUGUUUGCUGCAGGCGGUUCUGCCAUCUCUUGUGGGGGGGGGGGAGAUCUGCCUCCUCACCCCCCACAGCUGGAAACAGCAGCCGGCUGGGGCAGCGCGGAAAUGCGAUUGCAGGACACGAGGCGUCGGGAACCGGGCAGGCGGCUGCUCGCGCCGCCCUGAGAAGGGACCCGGCUGGAGUCGGCUGGGCCGGGUGCUUUUGCGGAGCCAGGGUCGUUUGUUUCCCGGUGCACAAAGUCUUAUUGACUCGUUGGAUGAUGUUUAACUGACAGCCUGGACCACAUUCCACAUUGUGAAAUAUACCUGGAGAAAUGGAGAAAGCAGAUGCUGGCGAUCAGCCAUCAAAACCUGCUGAGGAUAAAGAUCAACCCAGAAGUCUCCCUUAUUCUGUUGAAACACCAUAUGGCUUCCACUUAGACCUUGACUUUCUGAAAUAUGUGGAUGACAUUGAAAAAGGAAAUACCAUUAAAAGGGUUCACAUUCACAGGAAGGCCAAGCAGCCAAAGUUCAGCACACUGCCUCGGAAUUUCAGCCUGCCUGAAAAUAGAUCCCAUGCAUAUGCUUCCUCCCCCAAUAAGAGCUGGGCUGCAACCUGCUCAUUUGCCCAGAGGAAGGCAUCACUAGGGGCAGAAGAAACCACCUGUCUCAUCACAUCUUAUGACUCACCACAAUCCUUAACUGCAGAGGAGCCAAGUUAUAGAAAAAAGGCCCUUUUAGCAGAGACAAUCAGACAAGCAGAGGUCAUCCACCAUGAAGAAGAGCCUGGCAGCUGUAGAGGGAGGCCACAGCUGUUAAGGGCUUCCAGCAUGCCAGCCAAACUUCUACCAAGUAAAAGUUCAGAAGAGGAAAGUCAGUGCUCCAAGCCUGCUCAGCCCUCAGCACUUUCUCAGCCUUGUGAUGGAAAGAGCUUCACAGAAAUUCCCUUUAGCCCUGCAAAGGAGUCACUGGAUUCACACUAUUCUGAUCGUGUCACAUUAAAUUUCCCCAAAGAGCCAAGGAAUGUGCAAGAGCAAAUCAAAGUGGUGUUCUGGGAAAAUGAGCAGCCUAAAGGACAACAGGUGAAAGCCAUCUCUGAGCUGGGUCACCAACCCCCCGAGCUUCCUAGGGAGAGAAUGCAAAUCCAAUCUCCACAUCAAAGCCAGCAUUCCGUAGCUCAAGAGCUGCUCCUGGUUACAGAAAGUGUAGGAGAGGAAUGCUACGCACCAGAGACAAAUAAAUGUCCUGAAUUAGUCAAGGAUGAAUCACUCUCAUCAAAUGCCCCCAAGUUUAUGCAUGAAAAUGAGAACCGUGACAUAACAGAAUUAAACAUAAGUGAGAUCAUGCCAAGUGCACCAGAGAAGACUGAAGUUCGAAGCAUUUGGGCUAGAGCAAAUGAGGAAAACUCAGAUCUUGAACCUUUGCUUUGUGACACAGUAGAUCCCAGCAGGAUCACAGCGCUGAAACAACAGAUCACUGUUCUGGAGGAGCAACUAAAGAGCAAAAUAGAGGAACUUGAGCAGAUCAGAGUAGUGCUGAAGCAGCAGGGUAGUGAGAUCAAAGCAAAGGAGAGAAGCAUUAAAAUACUGGCAAGCGCCAAAGCUCAACUGGAAGAGAAGCUUUGUCAGGAAAACACCAAAGAAACGGAACCAUCCAGGCAGGAUGGAAAUGUCCUGCAGUACCAUGAUGCUGCAGUGAACACUGAACUCAUGCAAGGAAACGCAUUUAAGGAGGCCUAUGACAAGGGUGUCAAUGUUAAUAUUCCAGUCGCUACAGAAUCUGUAGGAUGUGGUACCUAUGGAGUGGACAACAUGAACUUGCAGGUUAAGGAGUUAAGAAGAAUGCCUGUUCAUACGGAUCAGGGGUUGGCAGAUGUUCACACUGGUAUCAGAGAGGAAGGGGCUGCACUUCUUGCCAAACAGAAAGGAACUGGAAUUGACACUGAACCCCUUGUCUUUACACCAUGCUUCACUGAGCUGAAGAUAGAUGAACAGAUCAAUGAUGACUGUCAAAAUCAAAGAAACAGCUAUGACAGACAGUCUUGUGCUGCAAGCUCUCUGAUUGGAGAAAGCUGUUCAAGAAGAGCUGACUCGAAUGGAAAUAAACCAGGUGGAAAUAAACCAGUUUUUGCCAGGGAUGUAAAGCAAGAUCUGAUUGAGGAGGAAAACCGUACAGAACAAGAAGAUUCCUCUGCAGAUGAUCCCAUAAGCCAAUAUGUUAAAAAAAUCCAGGAGCUUUUGCAAGAGCAGUGGACGUGCUUGGAGCACGGAUAUCCAGAGUUAGCAAGCGCUAUUAAACACCCUGCAUCGAAGCUUAGUUCCAUCCAGAAUCAGAUAGUUAAUUCCUUAAACUUGCUGUUAUCUGCCUAUUCUACCCAAGCACCAUCAGAUAAGGAGAAUUCGAAUACGCAAUAUCAACAGUUGGAAAUCUCGCCAACCACAAGUCUUAAAUCAAUCAUGAAAAAGAAAGGUUAUGGUUUCCAUGCAGGAGGUAAUGGGACCAAAAAGAAUCUUCAGUUUGUUGGGGUAAAUGGUGGUUAUGAAACGACGUCAAGUGAAGACACCAGCUGUGAAGAUAGCUCAUCGGAAGGAAAUUCAGACAGCGAGAUGGAGAGGAAGUAUGACAGUUUAGAACACAGACAGGUGAAAGCUGCCCGUGAAAACACACAUGCCUCAACUGGAGUCUCCCAGAGCACUACCCAUAGAGACAAUGAGCCACAGGAACUGGAAGAAAUAACAAUGGCUAGCGCUCAACCCAAGACUGACAGAUGCAAACCCUCAGAAGAUUUUCUUGAUGGCUGCCUGUUACUGACCAAACACCUUUCAGAAAUAAGGACCACCAAUGACAAACAUUUGAGACACAUCUUAAACACUGUCUGUCAAGAGUGGUUCCGAAUCUCUAGUAGGAAAUCCUCCAGCCCUGAGGUUGUUGCAGCUUAUCUCAAAGAAUUCAAAGCAAUUCAUCCCCAGCUACUGAAGAUGAUCAUAAACCUGGCAGAUGGAAACGGGAAUACAGCUCUUCAUUACAGUGUUUCCCAUUCCAACUUUCUGAUUGUGAAGCUUCUACUAGAUACAGGUGUUUGUGAUGUGGACCAUCAAAAUAAAGCUGGAUAUACUGCAGUGAUGAUCACACCACUGGCAUCAGCAGAAAGUGAUGAAGACAUGGAGGUGGUCUUAAAGCUGUUGAAAGAAGGGAACGUAAACAUACGGGCAAGUCAGGGAGGCCAGACAGCCUUAAUAUUAGGUGUCAGCCAUGACAGGGGAGAUAUGGUGAAAGCCUUGUUGUCUUGCAAGGCUGACAUAAACCAGCAGGAUGAUAAUGGAACAUCAGCACUGAUGGUUGCCUGUCAGCAUGGUAAUGCUGAGAUCGCGAAGCUUCUUCUGGCUCACCCUGCUUGUAACACUACAUUAACGGACAAGUUUAUUGAGCAUUUGCUUAAGACAGGGGUCAAUAUACAAUAUGGUGAACAUAGUGGUAAUUCUGCUCUGUCUGUCGCUCUGAAAUCUGCCCACAUGGAAAUUGCAGAGCUUCUCCAAGCCCACAUAGAGCAGAGCCGGUCUUUGGCUAAAUAAAGGAAAUGGAAAAUAGCAUUUGUCGGAAUGGGGAAUGGAUAACAAAAGGUUCAUUCUUUUAACAACUCUGCUUCCAAUUUAGAUGGAAAUUAUUGUAGCUGAUACUGCUGAUUUCCAUACUUAUUGGGGGAGUGAACUAUGUCAACUAUUUGCAUACAUUCCUAAUAUAUAAUUUUCCUCAUUAAGCCUGCUUUUAUAGUCCUAACCUAUGCAUAGUGCCAUAAAUGACUCAAAUACAGUUUCAGAAAGUUAGAUUAUUGUAUUGCCUUUUAUUAACACACUUGACCUUGAUCUUAAAACUGAAUUCCACUCUCUAUCCCUCACAGUAUAAUUCUGUCACGUUGGUGAACAAAAAAAACCAAAAGCACAUUAGAAAAGCAAUACGUACUUUUUUGUAAUUUUAGAUAAUGGUGUUCUUUUUAAUCAACAAUUUAAAAUGUGUCUAAUUUAACUUGCAAGUUUGCAUCUUACCGUUUAUUAUUACACCUUCUGUAUGUACUAGCUGGCAAUGCUUACUCAAUAUAUAUAGCAGUAAAAACAAGUCAGGUGGAUUAUGUAAAAAUAUCAAAUCCUAUUUAUGUGUGGUUAUGUGCUCAGAAGCAAGAAUUAAAAUGAAUGUUCUAGGAAAAUAUUUGAGUGUGCCAGAUCCAAACACACAGACAUUGUUUUUCUUGUAUUCAGAAUUACCGUAUGGCUCUCAUUUUUUCUAAUUAAAUUUGACUUAACCAGGAACAGUGGCCCACUGGCAUCUACUAUAUAUAAUUUAUAGGAAGCUGAGGUACAAUUGUGAUGUAUCAGGUUAUCCAAACACAGUACAGGAGACAAAUUACUUGAUCAUAACAUAAACCUUCUCUGCAAGGAUGGGUUAAUACUGUCUGAAAGGUUGCAUAUUUAAAUUCCAUAGAGCCACUUCUGAUGAUAAAAGGUUCCACCCAGAAAGUGCUCUGUGGGCAAAUAUCUGUUCUUCAGUUUCCAGCAUGCUAAACUUUUGGAACCCCCCAAACUGGGCAGAUUUAAAUCUGUGCAGUAAUUUAGCUGCCAGAUUUUUCCUGUGUAGUCUGAGUGACUUGCCACCAUCAGAGAAGCUAGGGCUCCUCCUUGAAGUAUACAGCCCUUUGGGCCCUGCUGGGAAUCCAGCACCGUCUGCAGUGCAUACAUAAGGCAAAUCUUUCCUACGUUCCAGUGGCCCAAGCAUAGCAAUUACAGACCACUCUGCCUUCCUCUUUCAAAGCACGUACGGUAUGUCUCAGAGGCCCUUCCUCUGGAACAGGCAAAGCCAAAGGUUUCCAUCCUGCAGGGUACUGAGAACGUCCUGUGAGAUACUGAGCAUUUUCAACUCCCACUGAAUGCAGCAUCUCACAGGAAAUACUCAGCACCUUGCAGAAUCAAGCCAUAAAUCCCUAUCCCUGCAAACAUCUUUCCAGUCUCAUUACCCCUUCCCCAUUAAGACCAAAAAUUAACAAGCCUUGAUGUGAGAUUUCUUCCAUUGGAAGAGCUUUUCCAUUGACUUCAAUGGGCCUGGGAUCAGGCCCUGAUUGUGCACAACCAUUCAAGUUGUGUGCAGCAUGAAGUCAGUGAGACUGGAUCCAGUAGCACUUACUACAAAUAAAAUGUACUGUUUUGCUAACAUCCUCGUUUUUAUUUCUAAACAAAACCUAAUCAUGAUCUAACUUUUUUGGCUUAAGUGUAAGUCACAUUAUAGCAUAUUAUUAAGUCUCAUUUGAGUCACCCCAUCCCCUUCCCUUGCAUUUGCAAUGCAUAUCAAAAUAAUUUCCAAGACUGACUGCGUGAUCCUGUUGUCCUCAUUUGAACAAAACUCUCAACGGCUUAGGUGGGAGUUUUGCUGAAGUAAGGAAAAGAGGAUCCUGUCCUUUGUUCUUUUUCAUUAUUCAGAUGUUUUCACAUUGAAAUCUACUGUAUAAUUCUCUUUAUUUCUUUCAUGGUUCUUAAUCAGAAGCAAUAUGUAUGGUCAUCAUCCCAUACAUUUGUCUCUCAUUUUACUGUAUCCGAAAAUGAAUUUACCUCCUUUAUGUGUGAAUAAAAGUCAGAUUUGAAUUUA